CAUUAUCACGCCGAAACAUCUAAUUCCAUACAAGUACGCUUUGCAUGCUGUAAAGAAAUGGAUGAUUUCAUGCCCGAAUUGCAUCCUCCGGAGACACCUGACUAUUACGCGGAUCUUGGGCUGCAACAAACAGCAACAUUCCCAGAAAUAAAACGGGCAUUUUAUUUGCUUGCUAAAAAGCAUCACCCGGACAAACAAGGUCCAGGAGUGUGCGUUGAUGCACACGAAUUCCGCAAGAUUAGAGCUGCAUUCGAGUUUCUUCGGGAUCCUUCUAAUCGCUGUACAUAUGACAUACAUUACCCGCAGUUGCGGCAAGCAUGGGAUCAAUACUACGCAUGGCAAGAGAUUGAACUGCGAAACGAAGAGCGUCGACGAGCCGAAGAGAUAGCACGACAAAGAAGAGCAGCGGAGCUUGAGAGGGCACGUAAGGAGGAGGAGGAGCAACGAAUAGCAAGAGAAAAGGCAGCAGAGGAAAAGGAGGCGCGCAGGAGGGCUGAAGAGCGACUUGCCAGAGAGAAAGAAGAACGCGAGAGAACAAGAAAAUUGAAGGAAGCACUGGCGGAGGAAAGAUCACAGGAGGCAGCGCGAAGAGCUAGGGAACAACAAGAAAAUGCAGCCAGAGAGCGGCUGCGCAGAGAGAAGCAAAGGGAGGCGGACCGAAAGUCCGAAGAUGCCGCUAGGAGGGCCAGGCAAGAGCAAGAGGCCGCUGCAGAAGAGAGACUAAAGGCUAUGGUGAGAGAAGAAAAGCUUGACGCUAUUCGGGAGAAUUGGGCGAGAAUGCGAGACGCCGCUGAUCUGCGACGAGCAAGGCCAGCGCAACCUGAGGCUCACGAUCUUAGAGAAUGCGACCAUCAUCACAUAGGCUGGACACGGAGGAAAGGAAGAGUAGAUUGUGUCUUUUGUAGAAAGUCCUGUAAAAAGUUUUUCUUUAAAUGCCCUCAGUGCGAUAUUUCGGCCUGUCAAGCAUGCAAGAUUGGGUACUGGGGCUCAUUCUGCUUCUUUCCGUUCAACGAGCAUCCUGAUUCGAUUUAUGCGCGGUAA